AUCAUAAAUUGUGCCACGCUCGUCUGCACGUUUGACAAAGUUACAGCUGAGAGAUACGUUUGCUGCACCGUGCAUCCCAAGAUUUGAGUACAAAAAAUGUUCUUAAAAUGUCAACAAUUCGACGGUUUGCAGAAAUUCAUGGGCUUGAUGCACCAAUGGAAGGCAGCCACUCGAACACCAUGGAUUCUCUUGAAACUAGGGAGGAUUUGAAAUCGAUUUUACCAUAUUUACCACUAAUUCUCCGUUCGUCGGCACUAUUAUGGCCGCCGGCGGUGGUGGAAGCCCUGAAAUCCCUAGCCAGAGGACCUAUACAUAGUAAUGUUGACUCGGGUCAAGUUCUUGCUAUCGCCAUUUCCGACCUUCGUAAUUCACUUAGCUUGCCAGAUUCCGCCCUCCACCCCUCCGCACUUAACGGCUAUGCGCUCUACUUUGAUGACUUGAUGAGUAGGGAUGAGUCUGAGAAGUGGUUUGGAGAGGUGGUCCCACAACUGGCAGAUUUGCUGUUGAGAUUACCAGGUUUGUUGAAGACACACUAUCAAAACGCAGUUAGUUUCCAUGGAAUGGAAACUGGUCUUCGGUUACUGGAAUCACAACAGCAGGGUAUUGUGUUUCUCAGUCAGGAAUUGAUUGCUGCUCUUCUGGUUUGCUCUUUCUUUUGCUUGUUUCCAACCACUAAUGGGGGGGCCAAUCAUCUUCAAGAAGUCAACUUUGAUAAUUUAUUUGCGAGUUUGUAUGACUUCCAUGAUGUGAAACAGGAAAAUAAGAUAAAAUGCAUUGUUCACUAUUUUGAGGAGAUAUGCUCACGUAUGCCUAUGGGAAAUGUCUCUUUUGAACGAAAAGUUCUUCCACUGACAAAUAGGCCAUCCCACAUUUCUUUCCCUAAGGCUAAUUUUUGGAGCAAGUCUAGCGUCCCCCUUUGCCAUUUGGAGGUUCACAGUUCUGGUUUGAUUGAAGAUCAACCCGCUGAAGCUCUUGAAGUAGAUUUUGCAAAUAAAUGCAUAGGAGGUGGUGCUCUUCGCCGGGGCUGUGUACAGGAAGAGAUUCGUUUUAUGAUCAAUCCUGAAUUGAUUGUUGGCAUGCUUUUCUCGCCUGCAAUGGCAGACAAUGAGGCUAUUGAAAUUAUUGGUACACAGAGAUUCUCCGAUUACUCUGGAUAUGCUUCUUCAUUCUGCUUUUGUGGCAACUACAAGGACGUCAAGGGUGUCGAUUCAAUGGGAAGGCGUAAGACAAGGAUAAUUGCAAUAGACGCAUUGUCCCGUGUCGGUAAGAGACAAUACACAACGGAAUGCCUUCUCCGAGAGAUUAAUAAGGCAUUCUGUGGCUUUUAUGAUCAAUCCAAAAGACAGCAUUAUGAAAAUCUGUUUGUAGACUCUGGAUUUUCCAAGGCCGAGUUUGAUGAAGGCAUUAGAAACUCUCUUGGAAAUUCCAUGGAAAAUCUUUCGACUUCAUUUCAAUCAACCUUUGAAACUUCCAAUAACCAGCCAAUGAGGGACAACGAGCGGAAGUGGAAUGACCAUAAUGUUGGUAUUGCAACUGGGAAUUGGGGUUGUGGUGCUUUUGGAGGAGAUCCUGAAGUCAAAACCAUAAUUCAGUGGCUAGCGGCAUCUCAAGCACUGAGACCUUUCGUCUUAUAUUACACAUUUGGUUUGGAAACUUUGAGGAAGCUUGACAAGGUAGUAGCAUGGAUUAUAUCCCAACAAUGGACCGUGGGAGAACUUUGGGAAAUGUUGGUCGAGUAUUCGAGGCAGAAAUUGAAGAAACAAACCAAACUUAGCUUCUUCAAUUGGCUUCUUCCCUCAUUAUAUGAUGAUGAUGAUGAUCCCUUGAUGAUAGACGAAUCAUUUACUUGAUAAACUUCUGCGCCUGUGUGAUUUUUUCUCGUAGUUUCUGAGUUUUCGAAUUUUUUUUAGUUGUUUUUAUUUAACUGAAAAUAUGGAAUAGUGCAAAAUGUAUAUAAAGAUGGUUUGAUGUCUGUUUUAUUGAGACGAUGUUGUGUCGGUGUGUUUGGAUGUUUUUGUCCGACAUGUUUGUAGGUACCUGAUAACGUAUUAGAUUCAUUUUUUAAAUGUGAA